UCGAUACUUUUUGUUGUAGUUGUACAUUUUUCGCCAAAAAUAAUAAUAAAAGUGAAAAAUUUUUUUUGUUAAUAUACGUUUAUUUGUUGUACAAAGGAGAAAAUGUUAUUAAACUGAUUGGCCGCCCCAGCAUUUUCGUGACCCCCGCUCCAAAAACAACAAAAUAGAACGGCCGCCAGCAACAACAAGGUGCAGUAAAUAUUCAGUGCGCUGCGCCUAUCGCCUUCUUUAACCGCCAAUUGCUCCUGCUCCUGCCCACUAACCAAGUCAAAAAGAAGCGAUAACUCCAAGCGCCAGCGGAAGUGAAAUGAUAAAGUCCACCACGAAUCCACAGGAACAGCGUCUGCCACGCCCCGAGGAUCAGUCGCCAGCGCCGCCGCCGCCCCCCUCCUCAGCCACCUCCACCGCCGCCCCAGCCACGCCCACGCACCAAGUGGCCUCCGUGAUAGCCAACAUGGACACCCUGAAGACCGCCUUUCUGCCCAAUCUCAGCAUGGACCCCAAUGUGCACGUGUCGCCGCACUAUUGUCCCAUGUGCCACCAGCAGUUCGAGCGGCCACAGCACGUAGCGGAUCACAUGCAGCUGUGCCACGGGAUCACGCUGAACGCCCAAGGUGCCAUCGCCACGCUGGACGGUGGCCAUCCGCAGGCACAGCAGCAUCCCAAGCUCAGCCACCCCUGCUUCAAUUGUGAUGAAAAGUUUAGCAACGCCGUCGAUCUGGACGAACACCAUCGACUGGCCCAUCAGACGUCCGCCUUCCUGGCCCGCUGCCUUAUAUGCAGCAUCUAUGGCAUCCACUCGGCCACUCAGCAGCCCAACGAGUACAAAUGCACGCAGUGCGGCUCCAUUUGCACCACCGCCAUGCUGGCCGCCGGACAGCAGGGCUUCAUGGAACAGCAGGAGGCGGCGGUGACGCCCGACGACCAGCUGCCGACGAUGGCGCCCCGUGAUAUGAGACUGACGCCCGAGGAGCAGCACCACCAGCAGCAACUGCAGGCGGAGCACCACCAUCAGCAACAGCACCAACAACAGCAGCAGCAGCAGGAACUGCUGGAGCAGCAGCAGCGUGAAAUGCAGGAGCAGGCGCAACAACAGCAGGUGCACCAUCACCAGCAGGAUCAGGAUCUCGCCGGCGACCAGGUGGCGCUAAAGGUGCCACCGCUCACCGUCAAGCUAAACAAGAACGCCAACGGUGGCGCCAUUGUGGCCCAUCCGCAGGUCAUUAUCAAGGAGGAGCCACUCAGCCUGAGCGAUAGUGGUGAUGUGGUCAACUCUGUGCCCGUCUAUGCCAUACAAGCCAAUCCCGGUGUACCCGCUCCGGCCAGUUCGGGUGUGCUAGUCGGCACGCAAACGGUGCCCGCCGAUUUGGCGCACAAGAUCCGGCACAAAUGCCCGGAUUGUCCAAAGACCUUCAAGACGCCCGGCACGCUGGCCAUGCACCGCAAGAUACACACAGGCGAAGCAGACGCCACGCCCAAAGAACGCCCCUACACGUGCUCCUACUGCGGCAAGUCCUUCACUCAAUCGAAUACACUAAAACAGCACACUCGCAUACAUACAGGUGAGAAACCAUUUAGAUGUGGCUAUUGUGGCAGGGCGUUCACUGUUAAGGAUUACCUGAACAAACAUUUAACGACUCACACGGGAGAGAAGCCGUUUCACUGCGGGUACUGCGAGAAGUCCUUCAGCGUGAAGGACUAUCUGACCAAGCACAUACGGACGCACACCGGCGAGAAGCCGUACACCUGUCCGUACUGUGACAAGCGCUUCACGCAGCGCAGCGCCCUCACUGUGCACACGACCAAGCUGCAUCCGCUCUAGGGAAGGCCGGGCGGUGGCCGCCAGAUACCCGUUCCUACCCCAGCCGCUCCUCCUCCUCCUUCUCCUGGUGCGCCGCCGCCGCCGCCGUUGUCCGCCGACUCGGAUACGGAUCCCAAGAAGCCAACUGCAGCGGCUGCGGCAUCGGCUUAGGACGCUAGGAGCUGCAGCGGAAAUGAGCGGGAUGAGCAACCCAAAAUGAAAGACCAUUUCAAAGACGAGACACACUCACACGUACACGGGUGUUAAAUGCAGCGGAUGCAACGCAACCAACGACUGGCAAAUCUCUUCACAGUGCUGCUAGAUUAAAUUACUAAAUUAGAUACUUUCAUUUCGGUUAACACAGAUGCAGAAACACAAUUGUACUAAAUUAGCAUACAGUUCGUAGAAUGUUUAAGUUAUUGCAAUCGAUUUUUGAUUCUUAUUAUUAUUAUUUGGUUAUGUAGAUGUUUUGCAAUUUUAUUUUUAUACACCUAUGUAUAUCGUAUAUAAUAUUUUGUUAUUCUAUGAGAUUUUAUAUGGUGACUCCAUAGCGCACACUCACUUACGCGCGGCGCUAUACCCGUACACCCAAAACAACACACUACACACCGUACACACAUCUAUUAUUUAUAAAGAGAGAGAAAAUAUUUUUACUCAUA